AUGGAGGCCUGCAACUCUACGGAAAAGACCUUUAUGAGAGAUUAUGAAAUGAUCACAACCCUUGGCCAAGGGCAUUUUGCCAAGGUCAAACUGGCCAUACACCACGACACAAGGACCUGUGUGGCGGUAAAAAUUCUGAGAAAUACCAAGAAGAGAGCAACCCUCAUUGAGAAUGAAAUCAGCAUUAUGAAAUCGAUUUCGCAUCCAAAUAUUUUAAAGCUGUUGGAUGUUGUCCAGACGCAAAAGACCACCUACCUUCUGGUAGAGGUUGCCCCACUGGGAGAUCUGAUGGAGCACAUCCUCCUACGGGGGUCUUUAGAGGAGAGCGAGGCAUGGAGACUCUUUGCGCAGAUCGUGCAGGCGGUGCAGCACUGCCAAGACCAUUACAUUUGCCACAGAGACAUAACAGCCAACAACGUUCUCAUCGACGGCAGGGGGAAUGCCAAGCUGAGCGAUUUCGGCCUGGCCCGUCACAUCGCUCCUGGGCAGAAGCUUCUGGGUUUCUGCGGCACUCCGCUGUACUGUGCUCCGGAAGUCUUUGGAGCGGAGGAUUAUGACCCAUUCCCCACAGAUAUUUGGAGUGUAGGGGUUCUCCUCUUCCUCAUGGUGGCUGGGUACUUUCCCUUUGAAGAGAGCUCUUUCGAAAUGUUGAGGGAGCUGAUCAGAUAUGGCAUGUUCACCAUUCCUCAGCAUGUGUCCAGAAACAUUUUCAAUGUCCUUGUCAACCUGCUCGUGGUCAAUCCCGCCAGGAGGCCCACCAUCGACCAAAUCAUGGGGUGCCUCAUGCUCAGGGGCAGAGAGGCUCACAGUCUCCUGGGCACCACAAGCCCUAGCACCGGCGGGCCUUUGACAGAUAAGUUGUAUGAGCCUGAAGAAGGCAUCCAGUCUAGAGGAGACAAAGCACACAUUGAGGAGAGCUAUUGA